CACCGCACCAUUGCGGAUUGACAGCCCGAGCUCAAUCCACGUCCUUUUUUGAUAGUUCCACGCGUGACCGAAAACGAAACGUAACCGAAACGUAAUUGAAACGUAUCCGAACUUUUGGGAGUGCUCGCGUCACUAAACGGGAAUGUUUGAAGACAGAAUAUAAUUGCUACGUCCAGGCAGCGAUGACAGUGACCGUGUCCCCCGAGCGGGGCCCGCUCGCGGCGCAGCGCUGGGGCCCCCCGCGCCGGGUGGCUAUAAAGAGGAGCCCCGGGGCCCCGUUGGGCGUCAGCAUCGUUGGAGGCAAGGUUGACAUCAUCUCAAAUCGAGAUGGAGAAGACGGCGAAGAGAAAGCUAUCUUCGGGAUCUUCAUCAAGAAUGUAGUUCCUGACAGCCCCGCGGGGAACUGUGGGGAAUUGCAGACUGGAGACAGGAUCUUAGAGGUGGAUGGAGUAUGUGUCAGGUCAGCGCAGCACGAGAGAGCGGUUCAGCUGAUCAAAGCGGCCGGGGAUAAGGUCACGCUGACUGUCCAGAGUCUCAUAGCUUGGAAUACAGACUCAUCAGACGUAGACGCGUCUCCACCCGCGGCUUCGCCCGCGAGAUCCGUCAAGAAGUCGCCGUGUCCCACGCCAGUGGCUGAGAAAACACCUAGACAUGAAAUUAAGAUAACAGUAUCAGAACCAGAUCUAGAAAACGAGAAAGAGAUAGACUCUAUCACAGAGAAGGAGUCAGAAAGAGAAACAACAUCAGAAGAACAGCCUGAACCGAAGCCGGUGUACUCGGACUCGGAGAGCAGCGAUGAGGAAGAUGAGAGAGAGUUGCAAGGCAGGACUUACUCUGACAAAGGGGUUGAGAUCGACCGGGCCUCAGCAGGAGCCAUCAAGCGCAGCAAAGAAGAAAAGGAGGCGGAUCCAGAGCAAGAAGACGACUUCGGAUACACGACAAAUAAAAUCCGCAAGAAGUAUGCGAACCUCGGUGACAGCGUGGUGGCGGUCAAGCUGGAGCGGACCCCGAAGGCAGGACUGGGACUGUCCCUGGCGGGACACCGGGACAGGAGCCGGAUGGCAGUGUUUGUCUGUGGAUUGCACCCGGCCGGUGCGGCUGCCAAGGCCUCGCCGCCGGUCAAAGUCGGGGAUGAGAUCUUGGAGGUGAACGGCAUAGUCCUGCACGGGAGGUGCCACCUCAACGCGUCUGCCAUCAUCAAGGGCCUGAUCGGGCCCGUCUUCAAGAUCAUACUGCUGAGGAGAAAGUCUGCGUUAGAAGAUGUAGCAGUAAAACCUCUCAAUCCCUCACAGUUCCCAGUUGCUUUGGAGGAAGAGUCGGAAGACCGCUUCGCUGGCUACAAAGGUGUCCGGGAUAUUACUAUCAAAAAGGGUCCCUCAGGGCUCGGCAUCAUGAUCAUCGAGGGUCGGCACACGGAGGCGGGGAGAGGCAUAUUCGUCUCCGACCUUCAAGAGGGCAGUGCUGCAGAACAGGCUGGUUUGCAAAUUGGAGACAUGAUCUUAGCUGUGAAUAGAGACUCGUUGCUGAGCUGCAGUUACGAUGGGGCAGCAGCAAAACUGAAGCAAACAGAAGGCGUGGUGGUGCUGACGGUGUGCAGCCCCAACAUGAAGGACGACAAGGCUGACGAUGGAGGCACUACUCCAGGUCCGAACUCAGCAUCGAGACCCGUCACUCCUCGGCCCGUACCCUCUCCUGUGAAAGCGGAGCCGCCUCCAGACCCGGCGACGGCGCCGAUCGCGGCCAACCAGGAUACGGUCAUCGAGCUAAGCACCGCCAGCGAGCCGCUCGGAAUUGUACUGUUAGGAGGCAGCGACACGCUUAUCAACGGUGCAGCAGCGAUAAUCCUGGACGUCUACAAAAACGGUGCAGUUGCCAAGGACGGCCGGCUACGCGUGGGCGACCAGAUACGCGACUGCAACGGCGUUACCAUCACCAAGGACAUGGCCCAUGAGCGGCUGUGUCUCACCAUCAAGCAGAAGGUGCCCAAGAUGAAGAUGACCAUCUAUAGGCCAGAGCCACUCCAAUAUACUGAAGUGGAAGUGGAGUUGUCUCGGAAGCCAGGCCGUGCGCUCGGGCUUACAUACGUCGCGCCUGUGCAAGGCGCUGGGGUCUACUUGGGAGACGCUAUCGCGGGCUCCCCAGCUGACCUGGACGGGCGUCUUCAACGCGGUGACUUCCUACUAUCAGUGGACGGUAAGGACCUCUCAGCAGCAGACUAUAUAACCGUGGCCACCACCCUCAAACUGUGCGGGAACAAAACCGCCAUCAAGGUGAAGAGGUUCAAAGUCAUCGCUCGAUAAUAGGCUGGCGGUUAUCGCUACUCGGCGAUAGAUGGCGUUAUUCGCUAUGUAAAUGACGCUACUGAAACAAUGAAAACCCCUGUGGGUCUAGACAAAGUGCAAAUUAUAAUCGCAAACCAGUCGAAAAGUGGUCGAAAAGCCCCUUUUUUGUAUGGAGUUUUGACGGAUUCGAUUUUCGAUUCGAUCAAAAAGUGCGUUUUGUCUAGGGGAGCUGAUAUAGUUCCAAAAUACUGAACUGUCCUAUCCAUGACAUUGACAGCGGGGCGCCAUCGUCAAUACCGGAUCGCUAGUUCCGAUUUUUGCCAUGUUGGAAACCAUAUAGUUGAACGAUGGUAGCGCCCCCCUGUCAUUGAGUUUGGUGGGUCAGUUCAGCGUGGGUCAUCUAUAGUAACUGAUGCCGUUAUAGCCAAUUAUAGCUUGAUUCAAGAUAAGAUCAAGUCAAGACACAAAGUUUUAAUAGUCUUUGGGUUUUAUUCAACUCAUAAAGUGAAGAAUAAACAUGACUAGCGUCAUCUAUCUCUCAUAGCGUUUCAGUUACAAGUGUUCGAGCUUGGUGGGAAGACUGAAUAGAUUUUAUAGAAUCUAGGAUAUUAGAAGGUCUCUCCUCAGGUCUAAAAUAAUUUAUUUCUAAGUAAAUCUAUCCUUUUUCUCUCCAAACUCGAACCCUUUGCAACGAUUUUAGUGCAAUUUUAGUUCAAACUAAAUUUUUAUAAAUGCAGGCCAAAAUUUUACUAUUCCUAACUUAUCCUUGUCCUCGUCAGCUUUCGCAAGAUACAUAAGUAAAGUGAAGAGACAAUAAGUAUUUGAAGUUCUUUAACAGAAACACAUUUGUAAUUUAAAACUAAAAAUAGUUUUCAACUAAAAAUAUGAAUCUUUUAUGAGUGCAUUUUCGUAUUUAUACUUUCGAUUUUUGAGAAAUAAAAAAGUAUCCCUGUAAUUAAAACUAAUUACGUAAUGCUAUGGCCAGUAAAUACAAUGUAAUUAAAAAUUUUUGGAGUUAAUGUUAACUAAAUUAUUUUAUAGAAAUUAAUAUAACCAAGGUAUGGAUUCAAUUAUUUAGUAAAUUCUAGGCAUUUUAAGUCGUGGUAUUGUCAAAGAUAGCUGCAGGAUGGAAGAAAAUUUGUAAUAACGGUGCUAGUAUCUGAUUACAUACCUCUUGAGGCCGUCAGUGAUUAAAUUAAUUAUUAUUAUUUUGAUCAAAUUAUAAUAAACUAAA